AUGGCGGCGCGUCCUGUGACAGGGAAAGGGUCUCCGACUGAAGUUGUUGAAGACUCAGAUGAGGAUUUGAAGGAGGAGCCAAAUGAUGAUGAUGAUGGCUUGGCCCCUGGUGCAGUUGCUGCUGCUGGGGGUGUCAAUCCGGGUGGUUCAGCAAUGCGUGUUGAUGGCACGGGUGGCUCGCCCUCUAGAGCUAAACGUGCUCGUGAUCUGAGUGAUCCUGAACCCCCUGCUCGUCGGCCUCUUUCUCCUGGUGAUGAUCGCCCGGUUUCCUCUAAAGAGUUCCGUAGUCUGCUUCAGGAACACCUUCAGACCAUGACACAAGCGUGGGGCGAGAUGAAUGGUAGAAUGGCACAAGUCGAGAAGGAUGUUCAUGCUCAGAAGAAUGAAAAGGACCUGAUGUACUCUCGUAUUGCUCAGACAGAACGUAAACAGUCGGAGAGUCUUGGUCGGAUAGAGAAGAUGGAGAAGGACAUCCAGGAACUUCGUGCUGCUGGAGGUGCUGCUGGCUCUACUGGAGAUGCCCCAUCGGGUGUCAAUCGUCCUGUUCACUCCGACCCUUGGUCGACUUAUCGUGCUCGACAUGGACCGCUUCCGCCCAAAGGUGGCCCUGCUGCUCCUGAUGGUCAUCCUGAACCUGGACGUGAUGCUGCUGGUGGACGUGAUGGUGUUGCUCGAGACGAACUAUCUGAGGAGGAUCGCCGCACGCUGGUCUUCGGGGGGUGGGCCCAGGAUAGCAAGAGGCAGACGAUCCUUGAUGAGGCUGGAGCACUACUCCGUCGCGAGGAUGUUCAGCCACUUGUUGACUGUCAGGAGUUGACUGUGUACGGUCCUCGGCGCUCCUUUGGUCUCUUGAGAUUCAAGCCUCGAGCUGAUGAAGACGCUCGGGGUGUGCGUGACAGAAUGUGGAGGGUGAUUCAGUGUCUUCGUUCGCAGCCACACAGGUUGUCUUCUACCAUACAGGGUGGAUCCGAUCCUCUUGGGCGUCCCAUGUGGGCACAAUUCGUCAAGACCCGUGAAGCCCGUCGUAGAAGCUCCCAUGGAUCGUUGCUUCGAAGGGUGUGUCUCCAGCUUGUGAAGGACGCGGCCCACAAUGGCGAGGCACAUAACCCGGCAGCGGUUGAGGAGGGUGCCUUUGAUGUGGAUUGGAAUGCAGGCACGGUGUGGUUGGGAGAGUGGAAAUUGGGAUCGAGUACCCAUCGCCCCCCUGUGAAGGAGGAUGUCAAGUUGCUUUCGUCUGGAUGGGUGGACCUCGACUCGGUGGCCAAGGCUCUGGGUGUUACCUGGGACUCGGCACUUGGCGCCUUCGAGCGCGAGCUACGCCCCAUUUUGGGAUGUAAUUUGGCCUCAUGGAAUCUGGGUGGACAGUCCUUGCCGAAGGCAGACGUCGUGAGUGGAGCCCUUGAUCUACUUUGUGUUCAAGAAGUGCCUCGCUCUGAGCCUGGGUGGCGUGAAGAAACAACGGAUGGUUUCACGUGGUUGCUUCAUCAAAGUUCUAUUCAAUGGAGAGGAGUUGGCAUUGGGGUGUCGCAUGAUUUGUUUGACUGCACUACUGAUCGGAGAUCGUGUUCACAUGGUGCUGCGUGGGUGGUUCGCCUUCGUAAUGCCAAGCGAUUUGUGUUGGCUUCGCUUCAUCUUCCUACUGGUGUACCUGUGCAGGAGUACUACAAGGCCUGCAGCAAUUUUCGGAGCAUGCUUGUGGGUUGGCACACUGAUCUACCUUGCCUUGUUGGGGUGGAUGCAAACGUUGAACUGGUGUGGAGUCGGGCUGAGGAUCGUGAAGGAGGUGUUGGACUUCAGUCAGGUGGCAAGGUAGACAAGUUCCUGGAGAUGUGUGGGUCGUUGCGAUUGCAGGCACAGGCCCCUCAGAUGUCAGAUCGGUGGGUACCGACACACUACCCGCGUGAUGUGAGUCGUGAAGGUCGACACAUUGACGGUCUGCUGGUUCGUGGCCUGGCUUCGUCUCCGGUUGUUGUUGAUGCUGAUGUCAGGCUGAACAUCAACACGGACCAUGCUCGCCUUCAGUGUCGAGUGGAACUCCAGAAGACGAGGGGUGGACGUUGGAGAGAUGGUCGGGCACGAUGGGUGUGUGAUACAGACAAUCUCUACGAGCCUGAGACCUGGGAUGAUGUCAAGACUAUGGCGCACUUGUUCACUCGACCUCGCCCUGCCGCACGCUAUAAGGAUGAUAAGGAGACCCUGGAUCUGAUCUAUGAGGCAAAGGCUGCCCGCGGAGUACCUGCAAAGGAUCUAUGGAAGCGUGUCCAUGCUUUGCGGAAAAAGAAACGACGUGAAUGGAAGCGAGAUCGGAUGCUCUCCAUCCUGGGUGGCAACUGGCAUGCAUACCGUGACUACAAACGUGAGAGGGGACGGCGAAACUGGUGGGGCAGACUGCUUCAGGAUGUGUCGGCGAGUGAGCUUGGCAAGAAGGUAACGGCACACCUUGAAGCCAAAGUCCAUGAUGCUGGUCUUGAUUGGCAUGCUGAGCUCCAACGACGUCUUGAUGCCCUGCCUUGUCAUGAUAAUUCAUUCCGACCCAUCUGCUGUGAGGAGGUUGCUAGUGCUCUUGCUGGCAUGCGAGCUCGAUCGGCUCUUGGACCUGACUUGGUGGGUGUGGAUCUUUUGCGUAAGAUCUUUGAACAUGCACCACUUGCACUUUGUCGCCUGUUCAAUGAAGUUCUACACAGUGGCAAGUUACCUCAAGACUGGGACGUAUCGCUGCUUGCACUACUUCCCAAGACUGCCUGGCCUGCCGGGGUGUCGGACCUCAGACCCAUAGCGAUGUCAUCGGCGUCCAUGAAGACACUGUCUCGCAUCGUUAUGGCACGCACUUUUCCUGCUAUGAGACGGCCGUGUCCAUGGACGGCUGCAGGGUGUGGAAGAUCUUGUGCUGAUAUGCAUGGGACGUUUAGCAGACUACGUGACAUGUGUCGGGAGUGGCGUGUCGGUGUUAUUGCCGUUAAACUUGACAUACGUGGUGCCUUUGAUCAUGUCCACAGGAGUGCUGUUGCGGACUUCAUCACAGAGCAUUUGCAGGGUGAGGAUGUUCCUUUUGAGCUGCGCUUUCUGCUUCGUCUCUUGGAUGUCAACAAGUUGGAAGGGUGUGCACCUGGAGGCGCCCGACUUUCUGUCGACUGCAACCGGGGGAUCCGUCAGGGGUCGCCAGAGUCGGCCGAGAUCUUCGGGCUCCUGGUGUCCAGCAUCAUCUCUCGGCUAAAGGCCUCCAAUCAGUGGCGGGUACCCAAUGGAUAUCUUCGGGAUCUUCCUGCUGACGUUGGAUGUUACCAAGAUGAUAUCUUUGUUUGGGGUGAGCAACCUGGUCCCAUUCAACACAACAUUCAACUGAUUUCUGAAGCAUUGCGCGCUGUUGGGUUGGAACUCGCCCGAGAGAAGACAGCUGUCGUGUCCUCCAAGUACUACAAGGGUGUGAGACAUGUCAUGGUUGAUGGACUUCGUGUCGAAAUGCAGCCAGUUGGUUCUUCCCUGCGUGUCCUUGGCCUCGACUUUGACUUCGAUGCUCCUGCUCACCAACAAGCGAAGGAGAUCAUGGGCAAAGUAUGGACUGCCUUCCAUGCUAGUAAAGAACUGCUUUGUGGACCAGGGUCGCGUUCUGCCAAAGUCUACCUCGUGCGGAUGCUCAUCGAAGGGUGUUGGAGUUGGACGGCUGGGUCGCUUCACUGGGAAAAGGAUGAUCUUCGUGCUAUGAACUCCUUGCAGUUGCGGGUGUAUCGCCUCUGUUUCGGAUGUCGUCGUGGAGCUGAUGAGGACUGGGUGUCAUACAACUCCCGUUCCCUACGUGACAUACGUGCCUGGGUACACAACAAUGGUACAGAGAGAUGGAGCUCCAAGAUUCUACGAUUGCAGUUCCAGCUCAUGGGCCACUGGUCUCGCCGAUGGGAGGGUGAAGUUCGCUGCUUAGCUGGGCGUAUGCAGUUGUGGCGUUGCCUUGCUUGGUGGCAGAAGGAACAGGCCAUUACUCCCAACGCUGGUGGCAAACGCCAUCCCCAGUGUUUCCGUGCUCAAAACCUUGAGCGCUCUCUGGCUUCUGCGGUGGGUGUUGAGUGGCCUGAAGCGGCAGCAAACCGUGAUGGGUGGCGACAGCUCCUGAAAAUGUGGCUGAGCGCUGAGGAUGAUUCCCCUGUAGUUGAAGUGAACAAUGGUGCGACGUGGGCGGUGCUGCCUACUCGCUGUGGUCUGCGGUGCCUUUGCCGGAAGCGACUGGUGCUGGUGCUGAGUGCUGUGCCUGUGUGUCGUCUACUACAACAACAACGUGGGCGGUGGAUGCACAACCUCAACCUGAACCACAUCCUGAAAACACUGCCCAUGGGUGGAAUGCCGGCGCGGGUGGACGUCAGGCUCGACGCUGGAGCCGUUACUCGUCUGGAGGGACUGUGGAUGGACCGCGGCAUGAUGGUGAUCGGCAGUGGUCCCAUGGAAAUUCUGGCAAUGAACGUGGCAGUACUCCACACUGGCAGACUGCUCCUGAAUGGCUACAUGAUGAAGGUCGUGCUCGUGAACGUGGUGGGUGGAGACAAUCUGGACGCGGUAGCAACUGGCAGUCUGGUUGGGACGUACCCUACUGGUGGGUUCCGCCUUCGGAUGACUGGCGACAAUUUACUUCUGAACAACAUCGUGAUGUUCCUUGGCCCUCUUCCUCCUCGGCAUCUACGCUUGGGUGGUAUCGUGGACAACGUGAAGGUGAACAACAACAUGGCUCUUCUUCGUCUUCGGCUUCAUUUGGAUGGAAUGGGCAAACUCGAGAACGUGAAAGACCACAUGGUUUCUGGCAAGCAGGUCGGUGGGUUCCAAGACAACGCACGGACUCUGAGGAACGUCUACAUCGUGGUGGCCAGGGACAUGUGCGAUUGGAACGCCGACAGCGGCGUGUGGAAGCUUGGGAGGAUGGAAGCUUUCGACCGGCUGCAUUCCAUCGGGGAAUGCGUGAACUUCGUGAACAAAUGGGACGUGUACUACGUGAAGCUGCUGCUCCUCUUCGUGGACCUUCUGGAAGUGCUCCUCGUGGCGAUGGACUACAUCCUGAUCGACCCCCUCGUGAACUUGGACACGGUCGUGCAAGUACUCCGGGUACACAAUCGGCUGAAGACAUUGGCAUGCCACGUUGGGGGUGAGGAUGACGAAGCUGUGCUGUCACAGUUGAGUGCAGCGGAAACGCGCCUUGACAUGCAGUCGAGUGCAGCGGAAACGCGCCUUGACACCACUGUGCUGAUGCAGUUGAAUGCAGAAGAAGAGGAGCACCUCCAUGAUUUGGGUGUUCCUGACCAGAUACGACGUGAUAUUCGUGACAUGCUACGAACUUUAGAAAACCACCAGGCAGGUGACGUGGGUGCUGAAUUCCGGUGGGGUCUACGGCGUUGGCUACAAGCCUGGCGUCGUGGAUGUGAACAGGCGGAAGCUGUUGCACGCAUACUGGAAGCACGUGUCGAAGGUCCCUUACCCUAUUUUCCAGUGCUUCGUACUCCCCGUGAAAUGGCGCAGCAUGAAAGAUGUGUGGCAUUCAACCGGCAGUGGACUGCAGUGCUUGUGCCGCUGCUUGAACGCUUGGUGGACGUGGCUAUGACGGCGGGAUGUCCUCCUCCUGACAGUACAGGUGCUGCUGCUGGAGGUCCUACUGGUGGUGACGUUGGCAGUGCGGUGAGCGCAUCUGGUGAUGCUCCUGUGCGAGAGCGCUCUCGGUCUCGGGAUGGUGGACCUGUCCGUGUGAGUUCUUCGUCCUCUACAUCCUCACGCCCGCGAACACGUCGUGCAGUUCGUCGCAGUGGGGUGUCUGGCAGUGUUGCUACACGGGAUAAUCCUGCUCCUGGACGUGAUGGUGGAGUCUCUGGUGGUGGUGGAGUCUCUGGUGGGAGUGAUGGCAUGGCUUCUGGCAGUGAGGGUGUCAGCAUGGUGCAGCGACUACAACCUGAAGAAGCGCGUCGACUUCAAGGUCUGGGUGUUCGUCCGCAAACGGUGUUGGCAUUGGGCCGUUUCCUUGAGAAUAUGGCCCAGUGUGAAGAAAAUGCUGCGAAUGCCGAGCUGGAUGUUGCCACUGCACAGUGGUGUCUACAUGCCGUGGAAUGGUCUGUUCAACAUGCCAUUGCAAUGCAGGAUGAACUCCAAGUGAUCUUGACACGCCGUCUUCAACGUUCUCCUGAUGCUCUCCCGCUACCUAUCGAGGAGCAACGUGGGGCGUCAGCACAGGCAGGCCAUGAACUCAUGGUUGGCCUUGCACGGAGCUUUCUCUUGGAACUUCAUGAGAGGUUGUCUUACUGCUGGCUGGAUCCUGAGCGACUGCCCGAACAUCUACGAAGCAUUCCACCCACCAGUGAAGAAGAACGUCCGAGAUCCCGGAGUCCGCGUCGCCCUGAACGCGCUGUGGGUGUUGACAGUGGCGCGGUUGACACUGUUGGGGCCGCACUGGGACGUGCAAGUGGCAGCCAUUCUGAGGGUGACGGAGACGCCAUGGACGGAGACGCCAUGGACGAGGCUGCGCUUAUGCAAACCUUGAACAUUGCUGAGGCGCAAGCACUUGAUGAUGAAAUGGUGAGUGGACACUGUAUUCAUGCCCUGAGUGCUUUGCUGGAGCAAUUCCGUGACCUACGUUUGCGUGCUGCGGACUGUGACGAUGUCAACUGGUACGUGGGUGUUCUGACGGAGACACUUCGUACGGCUACUACGGCGCUUCGUGCGUUGUGCACUGUUCUUGAAGCACGCGAGGGAACUGUGCACCGGCUACCUCCUGAAGAAGAUCGACGUGCACUUAUGGGCCUGUCCGCGGAGUUCAUUCGUGAAGUUGUCCAGAUGGUGAAUGGGUGUCUCGUCACUGGGAUGGAAGCGAACCUGUUCGACCGGGUCGUGUACGUGAUGCAGAUUGUGAACGUUCUCGCAGUCCUGUACGUGCGGGAGUACGUGAUGGUCGUGAUACACAGUCAGGCGUUGCCCGUGGCCCCGGAGGACUUCGAGGACCUGAGCAAAGGCAAGCAGCAGGACGACUUCGCCGUGCGGCAAAUCCUCGGUGUUUGGCAAGCUGACAACUAUCUGUGCCCCCGAUGCGGGCAGGUCUUCGACUAUGGAAAGAUUACCGGGCCGGAGCUCGUGUGCACAAACUGCGGCUACGUGAAGAGCUUCGACAAGAAGGUGCCGCUACGAUCGAGCGUGAUGGUCUACGAGAGGGUGUCGCCACCGUGGUGGAGCUUAACCUCUGCCGAGGUGGAGGCUCAGUGGCAGGCGGAGAUGGAAGACGAGGUCACGGAGCAUCCGGAGAUCAACCAGGAGUGCCCGAAUUGCGGGCACGACAAGCUGCAGUUCUGGACUCGCCAGCUCAGAUCCGCAGACGAGGGUUUGAGCGUCUUUUUCCUCUGUAAGAAAUGCGGCUGGCGGAAUGUGGAGAAGUGA